AUAUUGAAAAAAAAAUCGCAGAGAUGAUAUCGAUGGAUUAAAGAAGUGUAUGUGACGGGAUCUUGCAAGAAAAGAGUCUGUUCAGAAGAAAAAACCUAGAGGGAGAAUUGCUCUGAUCAAUGGCAACCAAUAAUAGCCAUGGUUUACCCAACUCAUGUGCACCACCAAGUGUUCUGAUGAACUCCUUUGAGAGAAGAGUUAUGGCUGAUUUAGAGGACAUCAAAAGAGCUAACAAUAGUAUACGAGAGGAACAAAUUCUAUUGAAGUUCAUGAUUGAACGCAUAAAUUCCAUUUAUGUCAAGCCUGAGUUGAAGGAGAAUGAAAGACUUCUGAAAAACAGCAAGACCAAUCCUAUCACCACCCCUCAUAAGACAUGCAAAAUUACGGAAAAUAUCAAAAAGAGUGACAGCAAGUCAAUAUUUAAUAUGGAUGUGGACUCAAAUAUAUGUCUUGAUAUGUCAGAUGAUGAGGAUGAUGUCAUGGAACUAGAUCGAACAACCAUAACCCGCCAAGAUCCACGCAAAGUUGCUGUCCAAGUGAUAUAAUUUAAUUUAGCUUUCCCAUGAAAAUGCCAAAAGGGUGAUCUGAUCAUAUGAAGGCAGUUAGAUUGAACUCUGUCUUAUUUGACAACAUUAUUAAUAUUAUUAUGGCUUUGAUUUGCUAUACUGUUUAAUUUAUAUGGUGUCCUGCAUGGAUCCGAUUAUGUGGAUAUUAUUUCAGCAAUUACUUGGAUUGUAAUAUUA